GAAUCCAACGAGGAAAGGGCGGGACCGAAGACAGUGAACUGGUGCUAUCAUCAUGGCGGGAUGCACGAACGAACGAAACCGAAUAUUCACAAUAGGAGCUCAAUCCUUAGUUUUAACGGUGCUGUUGUCUUGUUUAGCUGUAACCUCGUCACAGGCUACAGUUAACAAGCCUCCAAUCAUCGAUCUCAAGGAUGGAGAGAAGUACGAACUAUCGGCCUCCAACCUGUUCUGCUACACUAACUCCAUCGUACCCAACUGGAGGCAAACGUGGACGACAAUUCAGGUCCGAAUUUGGAGUUCAAAGGUGUUUAUAUUGGAGAUGGUGCAAAGUGAGGAGGACCUGCAGCAGCUGGAACGCUUCAGCGUGUGGAACUGGCUGCACAGUUUGCUGCGCGAAGGCCAAAACGAAACCACCAUCAACAUCGACCUGUUGAGGAAGAAGACGUGUUUCAAAAUCAAGCCCAGCGAUAAUACCAAAUACACGGUCAAGCCAAUCCGCAAGUUAGACAUCUACCUGUUUUUGGUUGUCCUCCUCGGAGUCACUUUAUUUGUUUUUGCUGACUCCCUGAGCAGGAGUCAAGUUUUUUUCUAUUCAGCUGGCACAGGCAUAGGAAUGAUCGCCUCCCUGGCUGUUCUCUUUUUUAUCCUGGCUCGUCUUUUGCCAAGGAAAAGCCCUUUUUACAUACUGAUUGUCGGCGGCUGGUCCUUCUCUGUGUACGCCAUUCAGCUUGUCUGCAGGAACCUGAACGUCAUCCUUCGAGAACAUUGGCCUGUGGCUUUAGGGUAUAUGUGUGUAGUUGGCUUUGUUAGUUUUGCUGUGUGUUACCGCUAUGGCCCUCUGGUGGACGAUAAAAGCAUCAACAUCCUCUCGUGGUCGCUGCAGUUGAUGGGCCUGCUUCUCAUUUACAUGGGAAUUCAAAUUCAGCAAGUUUCCUUUGCCAUCAUUGUGGCAGCCGUUUUUGCCAAGAAUCUGGAGUACCCCAUCAUGAUGGCUGUCAUCGCAAUAAGAAAAAUCCGCCAUUAUGUUCACUGGAAGCCGGAGAAGCGCCGCCUCUUGACCGAAGAGGAGUAUCGCAAGGAAGGAGAGGAGGAGACGCUGCGAGCGCUGGAUGAGUUGCGCAAGUACUGCAACAGCAGGGAGUGCAGCCCGUGGAAAGCUGUCAGCAGGCUACAGUCACCCAAGAGGUUUGCCGAUUUCAUAGAGGGCUCCUCCCACCUGAUGGCGAACGAGGUGUCCGUGCACGCGCAGGAAUACGGCUGGAAGGACUUUUUUGACACGGAUGACGAGGAAGAUUCAUCCAGCCUGUGCCAAAACCAGACCGAGCCAGAGCAGACGCCGUUUGGAAACUACGACGGCUCUCUGGCGCUCUAACGCUGGGGCCUGUGAGCAAAGUCCUUGAGUAUCACCAGCUACACAAGGUCACGUUUGUGCGCAAUGAAGUUGACUGACAAAGGGCGAUUGGUUGCCAGAUGCGAAUGUACAAAAGAACACACGGUUUGGUGAAUUUACUGUCGUGGGGUCUUUGCUACAAUCGGCUGCCACGAAACCCUAGAGAAGCGCCAAAAGCCUCAGGCCACUGCUACGAUUAUUUUUUUGCUAUACCACAUUGCGCAUGAAAACUAGAAGGUCAAUAAGUAUAGUGCAGCCCCCCACCGAGGAUGAACGAUCAGUAAAUGUGAAAAUUCCGAGAGGUUUGUCAUUUGGUUGUUUGCUAGCUCGCAGGCUAAUUUCUUGUCAAUGGACAAUGCUGAACAGACGGAAGCCACCAGUAUUAGUCUGGUAGUUGGGCACUUUCAGUGGCUCAGCUUAAAAAAAAAAAAAAAAACAAUAAUAAUGCACCCUAAUCCUAACUGUAAAGGAUGUCAUAAAAUGCAGUUAGUUAACCGAUCACGCAGGCCUCCUUGACCAAGUUUCAUGUUUUCAUUUGUGUGAACCUACUGAGUCCCAUUCAUGUUUUACAAGUCAUAUUGAUUACUGUGAAAAAGGCUCAUCAGAACAAUGCCCAACACAUUUGGGACUGUACUCUCUAGGAAAUACUUUUAAUGUUUAUACAAAAAAUAGUUGGAUCUUUGGAAUGCUUAGUCUUACUGUCACUUGUGAAAUAAAACAGGUCAAUCUUU